AGAGAAUUCACCUUCAUUCACUGCUCAGAGAGAAAAAUUUUUCAUUCCCAGUGACUCUGUAGGAGAUUUUUGCAUUUCUUUGUCUUGUCUAUAAAAUCCCUGGACUUCCCCUCUUCUUUCUUUCUUUGUUUCUCCCUCAUCCAUCCUCAUCGUUCACCGUUCUUCUCUCUGAUCUUUUGCUCACGAUCGAUCGCUUCUCCUUUCAACAUCUACUUUCUCUUUCUUUGUGACUUCACAUCCACAUUCAACUUUUCACCAUGAAGAUUGCUACUUCCACUCUCCUCCUCGCCGUCGUCGGCAUGGCCAGCGCCGCUGUCGUUUCCACCGAAAACGUGGCUGACAAGAACACCGACGCCAACAUCCUCAUGGUUGGUGGCGAAGCCGCCGGAUGCAACGGCGAUGCAGACUGCCCCAAGGACUACCACUGCUCCGGCAACUUUUGCAUCGGAUUGCUCGACCCGGGCGUCUUUUGUCGCGGACACAUCCAGUGCAAGAGUGGCCGCUGCGACUUGAAGAACCACCGCUGCUUGUAACGGUCUACAUGGACGGUCGAGAUGGACACCCCGAAUUUUACGAUGUUUCGUCGAGCUACCUUGAAGCGUCUUACGACUGCGAACGAUUCAUCGGAAUCGGAUAACGAUGACCUUUGCUUUGGCACGGUGGAUGAUGGAUAGUACCUGGGAUAUCGGUGGGGAUAUUCGUGGGAAACUUGGAGAUGAUUUAUGAUGGUUUUCUUUACGAUUGGCUAGUUCUUAGCUCAAUGAAAUGGCUUGAUGCCGC